AUGUGCAUCUGUGUGUGCACGCGCAAGUGGCCUGCACGCACCCAGGCAGUGUCGUGGGAGCAGCCCCAGCAGCUGGAUGUAGGUGGUCACAGAAACUUCAACUCCCUCAGCAAAGAGAACGUUUAUGAGAACAACAAGUUGGCAUUUCAAGUGGCUGAAGAGCAGCUGGGGAUCCCUGCCUUGCUGGACGCUGAGGAUAUGGUAGCGCUGAAGGUGCCUGACAGGCUGAGCAUCCUCACAUACGUCUCCCAGUAUUAUAACUAUUUCCAUGGACGAUCGCCUAUCGGUGGCCUGUCUGGAAUCAAGCGGCCCUCUUCUGAAGUCAGUGGGGAGCCAGCUGGGAAAAAAGUAAUCUCCGAACCUGUUAAGCCAGCCCCCACAAAGCCAUCACGAGCCUAUCCACCACCUACUCCCAAGACAGGACCAGCAGUGCCAGGACAGGAUCUGCCAAAGGAAAAUCCUCCUGUGACAGCGAAAAGGGUCCUGGCAGACAGCAGUAAUGUGCGUAGCAGCAGCUGUGCCAUCUGUGGGGACCAUGUGCACCUGGUGCAGCGAUACCUGGUUGAUGGGAAGCUCUAUCACAGGAACUGCUUCAGAUGCAAACAGUGCUCGAACACGCUCCUCUCUGGGGCCUACAAAUCUGGGACAGAGCCUGGGACAUACAUCUGUACCAGCCACCAACAGCCAGCCAGAAGCACAGGGUACAAUCCUGCCAUUUCAGCCAGUGAUGCCUCAGGAGCUUUCCAGAAAGUGGUGGACUCCAAGAAGCCAGCCCAGGCAUCGGCCCAAACAAGCCAGGCAAGCAAAGACGCUGCUUUCACCUCCGAUUCUGCCAGUUCCACCAAGCCAUUUGCUGGGAGCAGCUCUGGCUUUAAAAGUCUAAAUGCUCCACAGUCACCUCCUGCUGGGAAUAAACCAGAUCAGCGUGAAAGUGCCAUAUCACCUUCUUGGACGUCUAUUGCAGCCAAAACGCAGCAAGCCCGAGAGAAGUUCUUCCAGUCUGGUUUGGGUGACUCGGGGCCUUCGAUUAGCAAAGCACCAGCUGCCAAAGACCAAGUUGUUAAUUCACCUCCCUCUUCAGCAGGUGGCAAAGCUGCCUUUAGCAAAAACUUUUCUGAUGUACGUGGAGGCAGCAGUGAGAAGGAUAAAGCACGUAGUUUUCUCAGGCAGGCUCUCCCUGGAUCUGAUGCCUCUACGGACAGGCCUGGAGGGGUCACUACUGCUGGCUCCCAGGCCCCCAGCAGCGUGAAGCAUUCUUCCACUGCCUCCCGCUGGCCGAGCCCUGAUCCAAAAGUGCAGGGCAACAAAAUGGGUCCCGCAGGACUGAGACCGGCAGCAAUCCCAGAGCCUGCACCCAGGAGUCCUGCCAACAAGUUAGGAGGUGAGGCUGCUGCUCAGCCUGGAGGGAAAAGCUGGAUGGGUAGCAAACCUGCAGACUUCGGUCGUAAUCCAGACGGGAAGAGCACCAAAGGAAUUGUGGACAACACUGAAGAUAAAUCUGAGAGUCCGGCAGACUGGAGAACCAGGUUGAAGCCCGUGUCCAACAAGGCCUCAGACCAGGGUGUCCAUAAAAAGCCUACAGAUACCUCCAACGUGUUCAACACAGCAGUAAGCCUGGCACAGAAGGAGACUAAGCCAGCUUCAUCCAUUGUCUCACCAGCAAAUCAGAACAGUGCUCCAUCUGCUGCGCUGCCUCAGAAGAAGAAGCUGUACCCUAGCCAGGAGCUCUCUACCAGCUGGCAAACACCCAAGCAAAAAUGGGAAGAGCCUAUCACCCCUGCCAAGGAGGAGGAGUCAGGCCACUCCAAGAGGGUCAUGGCUCCAGUUAAACCGUCUGUUCCUCAAAGCUUCCCUGCGAAUGAGCCAGUAUCUCCAACCAAGCUCCAUCCAGACUACAUCCCGGAAGAGGAAAUCCAGGAGAAGGUGCGAGAUAUUGAGAAGCAGCUGGAUGAGCUGGAGCAACAAGGAGUCGAUCUGGAGAAACAGCUGCGUGGCUGUGAAGGAGAUGAAUCUGAGGAUGCCCUCAUGGUGGACUGGUUCAAACUGAUCCAUGAAAAGCAGCUGCUGCUGAGACUGGAGUCAGAGCUGAUGUACAAAAUGAAGCAGCAGAAGCUGGAAGAGAAGCAGUGGAAUACGGAGAAUGAGCUGCGGUGUCUGAUGAGCAAACCUGAGGAUCUGAAGACGCCCUGGGAGAAGGCACGAGAAGAGGAGCUGCUGGAGUCAUAUGUGAGGAUUGUCAACGACAGAAACGAUAUCGUGGAUUGCCUGGAUGAGGACAGGAUCAGAGAGCAAGAGGAGGAUCAGGUGUUGGCAGACAUGAUCCAGAAGCUGGAUGGGCCUCGUGAUGGCCAGGAGAUGGACAAGAGGAAAAACAGGUUCCGAUGGUCCAAGAUUUGGAAGCAGAAAAAUAAGAACAGGGCUAAGGAGUGAAAUCCCCUGUGCAGCAGUGCUGAUGGCGGCGGCGUCUGAAGGAUGUCCUUCCCUCCCUGCUUUUUCCUGCUGUUGAACAGAACCAUAUAAAGAGGCUCCUUUGCCUUGUGAUGUGUAUGAAGGGCAUGAGGCCCAAUGGGGCCCCCUUGCCUCUCAUAAGGGGGACUAAUGAGAUACUGGUGCUACCCACCAGCUGAGAGCUGCAGCAUCCUCCUGAGGAUUGGCGCUUUAUUCUCUUGUUCAUCAGUAUGACUACAGCCCCACCCCUCAGGAUAGCACUGUCCCUAGUUCCCCCUGUCUCCCCAGCCAGACAAAGCUGUGCUUGGGAAAUGUCCUUCCUCCUUCCCAGCAUCCCCUUGCUUUGGGAAGGUUGGGAAGGGCUUGAGAGGCUUCAGAGCCAUGAGUUGCCUCAUUGCUCCAGGUCUGGGGACUUCUCAUUAUAACGCUGUUGCCGAGAGGAGCUGCAGGUCCUAGCACAAAGGACAAAUGAAGACCUAGGACCACGGCACUGACUCACUUAUAUCAGGAGAGGGUAAGGGAUAGAAAGAACUUAGCUGCAUUUGGAGAGAGAGAUGCUUUCCUUUUGAUUAUUUAGCUGCAGGAUGGUCUCCAAACCUCCAUUCAGAAGCUGCUGCUGGGUUUGUCUCUAAGCCAGCUCUCCCCAUGAUGGGAGACCCUUUCCCCCCACCUCUUUGUAGUGGGAUACACCAGCUUUCUCUCUGUUGGGGUUAUCAGGCAGCGCUUUCAUUGCCUCUGGUACGUCAUUUUGAAGGUGUCAGUAGACCCUUCUAAAACCGUCAGCCCACGUGCAGUAUGGGGAUUCACUGCUCUCCCCAGCCGUUUCCCUUGGUGAGGUAAAUACUCCUAAUGAACAGCCAAAUGCCUCGUUGUGUCAAUGAGUCCAGUAUGUUCAGGGAUGGGAUGGGGAAGUCAUAUCCUGGGCUGAGGGAUCUCAGGGAAUAAACUUCUCUUUUGUCCUCUCCUUUGCACAGUCUGAAAAUGAUUGUGCCCAUGCAUAUCAGCCUGCAGCCUCUCCUGCCCCCACGAUACUGUGCCUAAAGGGGAGGAAGGUAAAGACUAGGAACAGCGGUUGCAAAUCUGCAUCCUUCUGGCCUUUGCAAGAUGUGAAAUCAUCCUGCAUUUAUUCUGCCUCCAGCACAGGGGUUGUCUUUAGGAUCCUGCGGGCUGCUGUUCUCUAAUGCGACAGUGUUUCCUAUAGGCAGUUGGUCUCUGCCUUAUUCACAUCAUAGAAAAAAAGCUGCAGCUGGAUACCUGCUCCAAACAGGUGGUGCAGGAUGGUGUCGUGCCAUCCUUCUCCACCAGGUGGCAGCAGGGUUCUCUGGCCAAAUCAGUUUGCCCAGGGCAGCCAAGGCUGACUUGCUCAGGAAGUUUAUAAAGCACUAAAGCCCUUUCCCUACUACCGUAUGCGCUGCCUGGCCAGUCAGCAGGGACAUGUUGGGUUCACUUUUUUUGUAUUUGCAAAUGUUUGUAUUCAAUAAAAGAAAAAUACUUGCAGAAGUAAAA